GUGUAUUUAAUAAAGUAAAGUUUUUUACCUGAAGAAAAAUCUUUGAAUUGAGCGAUUCUUUGGACCCUUGAGUGCGCUGCCACGAAAAUAGAGGUGUGCAGGUGGCAACCCUACCCUAGCCCCGGGCCUUGGUAAGUUUUCCACAAAUCUGGUUGCCAUUUGUGUGGUUUUGAACCGGGCAUCAACACUUAAAAACAUUAAGUAUACUGGAUAGAAAUCCAGCCAGUUGCAUCUGAGUGAUGCAAUAACCUUGCCCUGGUGUCAUAACUCUACCAACAUGCCCACUUCUGAUGUCAUGCCCGUUCCUACAUCACUGCCCCACCCCGUGUUCGGGUUUAGCUAUCAGCAAAGGUGGCAACCCUAGCAUUGCUGUUUAUAUGUGCACCUGCUUACUGCGACUUGCAUUACACUUAGCAUUGAAGCUCUAAGCAGUGUCGAUAGGGGCGUGGUUGGGGAAGUGAAGGGACACGCGGAAGCACUAUUGGGCAGGACCAAAACACCCGGAAUAGGCCUAGUCUUGCGCAAUAUGCGUGGGCGGGGCCAUCACUGGUGGGAAGGUAUGGACUUGGAAAGGGGUGUUUUGCUUGACGUCACUAGUCGUUGCGGAAGGUUCCACUGGCAUUGUAGUGCCAGUGAGUGUGCAUCACAGUGUCCGUGCGCCUGGCCAAGAUAUGGAAUCCGUUCUGCAAGAGGGUGGGAUCAAUCUGACAAGUUUGUUAAAAUCUAUAUUACUCUAAAGGGAGUGCAGAAUAUUUCUGCUGAUAAUUUGCAAGUCCAUUUCUCAGAGAGGUCAUUUGAAUUGUUAGUGAAUGAUCUCAAUGGGAAAAAUCACACCAUGACUGUAAACAAUUUACUAAAGCCCAUUUCUCCAGAGGGUAGCACAAAAAAAGUGAAGACAGACACGGUGCUGAUAAUGUGUAGAAAGAAAUCUGAACAGAAAUGGGAAUUUCUAACACAAGUUGAGAAACAAACAAAAGAAAAAGAAAAACCACCAUUAGACACAGAUGGAGACCCAAGUGCAGGGUUAAUGAAUGUCUUGAAGAAGAUAUAUGAUGAAGGAGAUGAUGAAAUGAAGAGAACACUUAACAAAGCUUGGGUGGAAUCACGAGAAAAACAAAUGAAAGGCGAUCAGGAAUUCUGAACAUAAGCUUAUGCCUUAAACAAUGCCUACGUUCAGGGACAGACCUAGUUGUAACUCCUGGAGAAUCUUUUUUAAGUCCACUGUUUACAAUUCAUUAAUGCCCUGCCAUGGAAACUGCUGCUGUUGCAUUUCAUGCCCAAUUGGAUUAGAAGCUGCAUGGUUUAUAUUCCUGAAAGAUUCAUUUAUAUACCUCCCUUACCUAGUAACAGUUUUGAUUACUGGCUAUAAUGAAUUUCUAUCUUUGUGUCUUUAACAGGCACUUGAGCAGGGAAUAUGUAUACAUCUCAUGGGAGGAAUAUGUAAACAUCUCAUGGGAAGCCGUUACAGCUACAGGUUUAUUUUUGCACCAUGGAUGCUGCUCACUGUGCAUGCAAUUACAUGCAGAGUAAAUGUUGACCUCAGCCUGGAGGUGCUCUCUUAAUGUCGGUGUCAUAGAAGUGUUCAAUGUGUAAUUUUGUUAAAAUGUCGGGUUAAAAAUUGUUAAUUAAAGAGACCCAUAACAAAAAUGGCA